AUCCGCCAGCCCGGGUUCCCCCGCAGGUCAGAGGAGCCUUGGGGCGGGGCCAAGGUUGGCCCCUGCUUGGGAGGAGCCGGGAUGCCUCUCUCGUGGUGAUGCAGAAGGGAAUUUGCUGACACUCCCUUGCCAGGUGGGGCUGGCUUCGCCCGGCCGGCGAAGAGGAGGACCCGCUGGCAGUCUCCUCCCAGGUGGGGAGCGUGGAGCUUGUCACCGCAGCCUGGCGGCCUGAGCGCCGCGCCUGGGGCUGGGGCCGCGGUGCUGAGGACGCAGAUGUGAUCCUUGGAGGAGCCUCCCUCAGGGUCAGGAAUCAAGCGGGGACACGGCUGAGCCACUCAGAAGCACCUUUUCCUGGGGACUGAUCAAGAGGAGGGAAGGUCCUAUAACAGCCCAGGGGCCACGGGGGGCCUGAGCCCCAAACCUCAGCUGCUGUUCCAGCAGCCCCGUAGCUGAGUGGAGCCUCUGGGCCUGACGUGGACCUUCACUGGAGAAGUGACUCAGGGAACCUCCCAGGAUGUCUGCCUCACCGGAGGAACUGAGUACAGGGGGAAGGUUAAAGAACAUGACAGUGGACGAAUGCUUCCAGUCUCGGAGCACCGUCCUCCAGGGGCAGCCCUUCGGGGGUGUCCCCACCGUGCUGUGCCUCAACAUCGCCCUGUGGGUGCUCGUCCUUGUGGUUUACUCCUUCCUCCGGAAAGCUGCGUGGGACUAUGGGCGCCUGGCUCUGCUGAUACACAAUGACAGCUUGACCUCGCUGAUCUAUGGGGAGCAGAGCGAGAAGACAUCUCCCUCGGAGACUUCCUUGGAGAUGGAACGCAGAGACAAGGGCUUCUGUUCCUGGUUCUUCAACAGCAUAACCAUGAAGGACGAGGAUCUGAUUAACAAGUGUGGGGACGACGCACGCAUCUACAUCGUGUUCCAGUACCACCUCAUCAUCUUCGUGCUCAUCAUCUGCAUCCCCUCCCUGGGCAUCAUUUUGCCCAUCAACUAUACUGGAUCCGUUCUGGACUGGAGCAGUCACUUUGCUCGGACCACCAUUGUCAAUGUCUCCACAGAGAGCAAGCUCCUGUGGCUGCACAGCCUGCUGUCCUUCUUCUACUUCAUCACCAACUUUGUGUUCAUGGCUCAUCACUGCCUGAGGUUUGCGCCCAGGAAUAGCCAAAAGGUCACAAGGACGUUAAUGAUCACCUAUGUGCCCAAGGACAUUGAAGACCCAGAAAUCAUCAUUAAGCAUUUUCACGAGGCCUAUCCAGGCAGUGUCGUGACCAGAGUCCACUUCUGCUACGACGUCAGGAACCUGAUCGACUUGGAUGAUCAGAGGCGCCACGCCAUGCGGGGCCGGCUCUUCUACACAGCCAAGGCCAAGAAGACUGGGAAGGUGAUGAUCAGGAUCCACCCCUGCGCCCGCCUGUGCUUCUGCAAGUGCUGGACCUGCUUCAAGGAGGUGGAUGCAGAGCAGUAUUACAGCGAGCUAGAGGAGCAGCUAACGGACGAGUUCAACGCCGAGCUCAACCGCGUGCCGCUCAAGCGCCUGGACCUGAUCUUCGUCACCUUCCAGGACUCCAGGAUGGCCAAGCGCGUCCGUAAGGAUUACAAAUAUAUCCAUUGUGGUGUGCAACCCCAGCAGUCCUCAGUGACCACCAUCGUCAAAUCCUAUUACUGGAGGGUCACUAUGGCUCCACACCCCAAAGACAUUAUUUGGAAACACCUGUCUGUCCGCCGCUUCUUUUGGUGGGCCCGCUUUAUCGCAAUCAACACCUUCCUCUUCUUCCUCUUCUUCUUCCUCACCACGCCCGCCAUCAUCAUGAACACUAUCGACAUGUACAACGUCACCCGCCCCAUCGAGAAGCUGCAGAGCCCAAUUGUGACCCAGUUCUUCCCCUCUGUGAUGCUCUGGGGCUUCACAGUGAUACUGCCUCUGAUUGUCUACUUCUCCGCCUUCCUGGAGGCCCACUGGACCAGAUCAAGUCAGAACCUGGUCAUGGUGCACAAGUGCUACAUCUUUCUGGUGUUCAUGGUGGUCAUUCUGCCCUCUAUGGGACUGACCAGUUUGGAUGUCUUUCUCCGCUGGCUCUUUGACAUCUACUAUCUAGAGCAGGCCUCCAUCAGGUUCCAGUGUGUGUUCCUGCCAGACAACGGCGCCUUCUUUGUCAACUACGUCAUCACGGCAGCUUUACUUGGCACAGGCAUGGAGCUGCUGCGUCUGGGGUCACUCUUCUGCUACAGCACCCGCCUCUUCUUCUCUAGAUCAGAGCCAGAGAGAGUCAACAUCAGAAAGAACCAGGCCAUAGACUUCCAGUUUGGGCGCGAGUACGCGUGGAUGAUGAACGUGUUCAGCGUGGUGAUGGCGUACAGCAUCACUUGCCCCAUCAUUGUGCCUUUUGGGCUGCUCUACCUGUGCAUGAAGCACUUGACGGAUCGCUAUAAUAUGUACUACUCCUUCGCACCCACCAAACUGAAUGAGCAGAUCCACAUGGCUGCCGUCUCCCAGGCCAUCUUUGCGCCACUCUUGGGUCUGUUCUGGAUGCUGUUCUUCUCUCUCCUGCGGUUAGGUUCUCUCCAUGCCAUCACCAUGUUUUCCCUGUCCACCCUCCUCAUUGCCAUGUUAAUUGCCUUUGCUGGCAUUUUUCUGGGGAAGCUUCGGAUGGUUGCCGACUACGAGCCCGAGGAGGAGGAGAUCCAGACGGUGUUUGACAUGGAGCCAAGCAGCACCUCCUCCACGCCCACCUCCCUCCAGCUAUAUGUGGCCACCGUGCUGCAAGAACCGGAGUUGAACCUGACCCCCGCCUCGUCCCCAGCCAGGCACACCUAUGGCACCAUGAACAACCAGCCGGAAGAGGGAGAAGAAGAGAGUGGUCUGAGGGGCUUUGCAGGGGAGCUAGACUCGGCCCAGUUCCAGGAAGGGCUGGAACUGGAGGGCCAGAACCAGUACCACUGACUGGGACCUGAGGCCUCCACUGGCGACUUGUUGAGGAGCCAGGGGAGGGCCUGGCAAGGGGAGGCAGGAGGGUGGCCUGGACCUCCCCACUACCUCCUGCAGACUUUGAGAAGCCCCCAGUGGAGACAUCUGCCACCCCAGCCAUGGGCCAUACGGGCGCCCUGACCUGCUGCCCAGCUGGAACUGGGGGUGCUCGGCAGUGCUGAGGGAACCUGGGAAGGGAUGGAAGAUACAGGGAAGCCCAUGUCUUGAAAGAGGUGGCUGGAGCGCCAGCACAGAGACUGAACGCUGGGGUCCCUUCCUGGGACCAAGAUGGAGAAGGUGUUCCUAAGGGAGGAGGCAGAAAGAGGCCGCCGAAGGCUCUCUGGGGUCAUCACCGCUCUGCAUCAGCUGCCCUUCCAAGGAGCUUCUGCGGCUGCUCCUUCUCCCAGCCCUGGCCCAUUCCUCCCCUGCAGUCUGAGGAGGCAAAGGUACGUGCACGGGGCACAUUGACAGGACACAGAGGACCACCUCAUCACGGGGUUCCCUGCAUGGGGAUCUGUAAACAGAAAGUUUCUGCACCCACCCGAGGAAGAACCAACUGAAAGCGCAGACCUGAGAAGAGGUAACUCAGCCCCUUCCUGCUCCUCUGCCCUCAUCAGAUGUCCCCAGGAGCAGCAGGGCAGAGGCCCUUCUCCUUUCUAUUCUUACAAGGGUAGCUAGAGCGCGACCACUCAGGGCUCAUCAAAUGAGACUUGUGUGCAUUUUUCAGAAGGAAACCUUGGUUAGUCCUUGCUGGGUAACACAAAGUGGGGUGAGACAGGGGCCGAAUUCAUGGAAGGGGGCUUUCUCCCCAAAACUCUGGGUGGUGGGAAACCAGCUAUACCUCCCCAAGACCCAGGGUCUAAAGAGAAGACCCCCCAAAGCCAAAGAUGUGGCCACUUAAAAGAGUCUCCUGCCUCCUACCCAACUGAGUGCCUGGGCCCCCAGCUUGGUCAAGAUGGGCAGUACAUUAGGGUAAGAACCCCAUGCUUCAAACUGAAGGACUGACCUUCACCUGAGUCCCAAGUAGGACCCUUCCUCCCUUCUCGGGACUGCCCCUGCACCCUGCCUUGAAGACCACCCAAGCGACCUCCAGUGUGGGCCUGGUCCAGACACUGCAGAUGCUUCAAUCAUGAUGUCGCCCCAGGCCUGCCAGGGGUGGGGUGGAGGGGAGGGUCACGUGCUCCAGGGAGAAGCCCUUUCUGGAGAAGCAAGGCUGCCCUCCCAGGGCUGCCACCACCUGAGACCUGGGGGAGCUGAAUUCCAAACAGUGAUGGCAACAUUCAGCACCUUUGCCAUAGCUGGGGGGAACCGGCCUCUGCCUCUGGGAUGGGCUCUCAUUGGGACCACCAUGUAGCCCAGCCAGGGAGGACAUGAGAAGGACCAGUGGGGGCCUCAGUGAACCAGAACAAGCCAAGCUGAAUGGGGUCUGUGUGUUCUCCAGGGCCCUCUUCAGCCCCCUUCUCCAAAGGUCUGCGUCCCUGCACCAACCUACUGAAGGUGGGCUCAUCUCACCUGAGCACCUGCACCAGGCCCCAGUCACAGGGCUGCCCUGAACUCAGAUCACCUAGGCCUUGUGCCUGCCCCACCUUUGCCCCAUCCCAGCCCCAGACGCUCCAAGCGUCACUGCAGGUGAGAAAUUGUGCUCCAUGGGCAGAAACUGCUGCACCCCCAGGGCGUGGCCCACAUUUUGGCAUGGGGUUGUCUUUCCAGAGAGCUUGGGUUGGCUGGAGAGAAGCUGUCUUUCCCAUUCCUUGUCCGGCUAGGACUAAAGGGGAAAUGAUCCUAGCCCAGCCCCUACACACCCAGGUCCCACAGGCCCCUCCCCACUGGCAUUUCACCAACCAACAAGGGGAAAGGACACUGUUACAGCGCAGCAGUCAGGCCCAGCAGGAGCUUGGCACAUGGUGGGGAGGUGGCCAGCUCAGACCCUGCCCGACCUCAUCGUGUGUAUUUGGUAUAUGGGGCGUGGGACAUGCCAGAAGCUGGCCUGGGGUCUCUCCUUCACUGGACACAGCUUGCUGGAGCCUGCCCCCAGCCCCUGAAGCCCCUGCCAGACUGUGGAAGCCACAUAUGGGAAAGGUCCUGGCAGACAAUGUGGCGGGAUGGCUGGGGGCUUCUCCCUCUGAACCUGGGUCCAUUGUAGCCUGGCUCUGAGAGAAGGUGGUGAGCAUGUGGAGAAGGAGAAGGUUCCAUAGUCCACUCUUAGGGGAACCAGCAAAGCCUCAUGGCAGUUGGCUCCAUCUGGACCUCCCAUGGUCACUGCAGGGCAGUGGAGCGGGGCAUCCUUUAGCGUCCCCACCACCACAUCCAGGCCCUCUCAGGCACCUCCUGCCUCAGUCCACACCUGCCUCGUCCAUUGCCCCCCUCCCUCCACCUGCUGCCAUCCCACUCCUCCGCCAGCCACUUCCCAGCCGCCCCACCCCACUCCGUCCUCCAAAUCACCCCCUGACUUAAUCCUUUCUGGAAGGAGCUGCUGCCCGGGAACCGGUAUUGCCUAGAGCCUCCAGGAGGGGCCCUCCUCAGGCCUCCAGUGGCCCCAUGCCUGCCUGCCUGACCCUCCACUGCCCCGGGAGCAAAGUGCCUAUCAGCAGCGUUGCGUCAUCUGGGGCCCCCAGUGGGGUGGGGGGGGGUGUGGGCUAACCUUGGCCACCACCACUAAAGGAAUGUGCCAGAAUGCUGAACCUUCUUGUUAAUGCUAUGACCGUGCCUUGAAUAAACAAGUCCUCCCAGCCUCUCCCGG